GAAAGUCAUCCGGUUCAGAAGACCCCAGUAUCAGAAAGUGUAAAAUCACCAGUUACUGUAGGACACAAACUCCAGGUCGACUGCUAAACCCAGAGGAUCACUUCUCUAGCAAGAAAUGUCUUGCCUGGUUUUACGAAUAUGCAGGGCUCGACAUUAACGCUUGUCCAGGACAAGUGGAUUUUUGAAGGGGCAAGUGAAAGAGAAUUUUUCUUGCCCAACCGGACAAGCAGACGGAUUAUAACGUCAAUAACAAAAAAUAACCAGCUAUAUUUGUGAUGGCCUUGGCCUGUGUCACUUAUUAGAAAGUUCAUAUAAUAAUUCUGCUGUUGAAAGUAAUCCAGAGCACCUAAUUUUAUAAUUCGCUAGUGAUCUAGUAACCGCUGCGCCCUGUUUGAUUGACAGGCAGCGUAUGUGUGUGUGCUGAACAUGCGCGUGUGUUCUGAAAGUGCUCACGCUAAUGCACACCUGAUCGAUCGGUCCAAUACAUUCCGCCAAAAUGCCCGUCUUGGUGAGGUAUUAAUGUAAACACAGAGAGUGAUGUCUGAAGUGAACAUAAACUGCAGAGGAAAAAAGCUGAUUUGUAUUAAAAUGUUGUAAAUGUAAGCUAACAUACCUGCUGCUGUCUGGUGUGUCGUUAUAAUAAUCAAACAUCCAUAACAAGAAAACGAGAAAACACUCACUGCUCUUGACUGGGUAUCUUCAGUAGCUUUAAAAAGUAUUAAUGUAUAUUCAUAUACAUCAUAUAUAAAUCAUAAAGUGAAGACCAGUAGUACUUUUGUUGCAUUUCAUUCUGAAUGUUUCCUUGAAUGCUUGAUGGCUGUUUAAAAAGAACAAAAUGUUCUUAAUUUGUAUUUUUUGUUCUAUUAUUUUUAAUCUUUCUAUUCAUUGCUGUUUUUCAUUGUUAUUUUAUUACUGACUGUUUAGUAGCCUUGAGUAAUUGCUGAGGAACUUGAAACUAUUCUCCAAUAAUUAACAAAUUAGUUAAUUGUUAUUAUUUGUUGUGGUUUUGAAGCUGGUAUUGAGAAUAGUCAAAUUUCACUACAUGCUAUUGAAAUUUUGGUAUUGUGAUAAUGUAUAGCCUUUAUUGUAAAUGGGAGAUCUUGCUGCAAAAACAUGUAAAUGCAGAUCUCAUUCCAUAGAGGUAUGAGCACCCCUGCUGUAAAUGAUGGGAUGGAGGCAUUUCUUUAUUUUACUACCAUACAUGACAUCAAAUAAGUAUCAUAUGCCAAUUGUCUCCUUCCCUACCCAGUGCAGUUUACAUUUCUGUCACAGAGAGUUUAGUUGAUUGCAUAGGUACACUAUUAGGUUGGGCAUCGGUCAUAAUUCUAGACAAAUAGACAACAUAAACUUUGAUAUGUUACUUGAGCAUGUAACUUAAAUAUCCUUUUUCUCUCCGGACAAGUAACUUUUUGUGAAUGACCAAUUUACUUGUUUGGAGGACAAACACAUGACAAUGCUCAAUGUUGAGCCCUGUAUUAACACACAAAUUAUUGUAUUGUUCUUGUACAUAUUGAAUACAUCAUUCAAACAUUCACAGUGUAGGUUGGAAAAAGUAUAUAAAUCCCUAGGCUUAUGAUGUAAACAAAAGCUAAUUAGAGUCAGGAGUUGGCAAACCUGGCAUCCAGUUAUUGAAACAAGAUUGUAGGUGUGGGUUAGAGCUACUUUGACUUAUAAAAAGCACUCAAACGAGUUUGCUAUUCACAAGAAGCAUCUGCUGAAGUGGACGAUGCCUGGCACAAAAGAGAUUUCAGAAGACCUACGAUCAAGAAUUGCUGGAAAAGAUGAUUUAGUACUGUGGUACUCUCCCUAGAUGUGGCUGUCCAGCCAAGAUGACUCAAAUGCACACCGCAGAAUGCUCAAUGAGAUAAAAAAUAACCCUAGAGUGACAGCUAAAGACUUUAAGGAAUCAUUGGAACUGGUUAACAUCUCUGUUCAUGAGUCUACUACGUGGAAAACAUUAAACAGGCAUGGUGUUCAUGGCAGGACACCAUGAAGGAAGGCGCUGCUUUAUAACAAAAAAAUGUCUGCAUGCCUGAAGUUUGUAAACGAUCACAUUGACAACCCCAAUAUUGGUGAUGUCAGCCAAAAAGGAAAUUUGUUUCAGAGGCCGAGCAAGUUAUUACAUUUGAAUGAACGGUUACGAAGACUAAAACAUUUUACUUUGUGACAACAUGAUGUUGACUAAGUUUUACGAAAAUAUAUUGCAUGAAGAUUUAUAUUUCCCAGACAUUUAAAGUGUGAUUCAAAUGUGUACAGGGUCAGAUGAUGUCGUUGGACCAGAGAGCAUGGAGAAGUUUUGUGAGGACUUCGGCGUGGAGCCAGAAAAUAUUGUAAUGUUAGUGUUAGCCUGGAAGCUUGAAGCAAUAAAUAUGGGAUUUUUCACUAAAGAAGAAUGGAUAAAGGGAAUGACCUCACUACAAUGUGACUGCACAGAGAGGUUACAAGGCAAAUUGGAUUAUUUGCGCUCUCAACUGAAUGACCCGGUUAUAUUUAAGAGCAUUUAUAGAUAUGCCUUUGACUUUGCCAGGGAUAAAGAUCAGCGCAGUCUUGAUAUGGACACGGCAAAAUCCAUGCUGGCGCUGCUCCUCGGACGGACGUGGUCCCUGUUCCCUGUCUUUCAUCAAUUUCUGGAGCAAUCAAAGUAUAAAGUAAUGAACAAGGAUCAGUGGUACAACGUCUUAGAAUUUAGCCGCACAGUUAACGCAGACCUCAGCAAUUACGAUGAAGAUGGAGCCUGGCCAGUGAUGCUGGAUGAGUUUGUGGAAUGGCAUAAGGUCAAAAUUGCAUUAUAGCACAACCAGAUGAUGAAUUAAAUACCCACGGACAAGUUUGAAGCACAUCAGAGUUUUUUUUUUUUUUUUCUUGUGCCCCAACGUGUCCGAAUGCAAAACAUCACUACCCACAGACUCUUACAGUGUUACUUAAAAAGCAAAAAGCACGGGGAAAAAAAUCACAAACCAAACAAAAGUGGAAAUAUUUUUUAUAUGUAUUUGUUGUUAUAUUUGCCAGUGUUGUAUGAUUUUUCUGAGAGCGAGAUGGGCUGUUUGUAGGUUUUGGUCGCUUUCAUAAUUUUAUUUUAUUUUUUUUUCCACAAAGUUUUACUUUGUUUAUAGUGUUUUGAAAAGGAAAUAAAGCAGUUGUAUGUAAAUUGA